GGAAUUUUAAACCUUUUUUCUUACUUUGUAUUAUCAAUAUGGGGUGUUGUGGAAGUAAAGAAGAUCAUGAAGAAGAUGCACCCUUAUUACAUGACCCAGUGGGAGACAAUCGAAUGAACUAUCAAACCUAUGAAACGAUUGAUGUCCAAAAAGAACAAGAGUUUUGGAACAGUAUUAUCGAUAAAACAACACAGAAUUUGAUUGAUAUCUCAAGUGGACAAACAGAUCCUUUGCAAGAUAAUGACGUACAAGAACGUAAAAUGAAAUAUGCUAGCUUAUUAGACCAUAUUCAGCCUACACAACAAGAUAAACACACGUAUCCCAACAGAGACACCCAUACCAUCCUUGAUAUCUUAAACCAAGCUAAACCCAAUGGAGGUAUGUCUGAUGGUGAAGUGGAUUGGUUAUAUCAAACAAUGGAUGAGAUACAAGAUGCACUUCAACAUAUUGAUAUUGAACCUGUGGGUGAUAUGGUUGUUCAUUUAGUCAUGUCAGACUAUAAUAGUAGUAGUAGUAUUCGAGCCUAUUAAGUCUCUUUAUUAUAGUUUGAAUAAAUCAACACGAAUACGAUCA